UGUCUGUAUAUAAGAGAGAAAGAGAAAGAAAGUGUGUGUGAGUGCUCAAGAACCCAACAAUGUUUUCUUUUAGGAAAUUGUCUCAAAAUGUUGUCUGUUUUCAACAUUCAAUCAAAGCUCUUUCCACAAUCCACAUAAUAGUGCCAUUUUUCCUAAAAGUCCUUGAUGUUUGUAGAGCAGCAUGUGAGUACGUAGGUGUGAAAACUAGCUUGUUAAUAAUUGGCAGGAGGGCUCUCAGAAACUGAGUGUUUGCAAGUGGGGGCACGGAUCAUCUGUCUGUUCAGUGCACAGCCCUAUCCUCUGGGGUUGGUCCCAAGGUGAUACCGGGCAUGUUUAUGCCUUUCCCAUGAACGCAGCCCAUAAAAGAACACAAGCCCAAACUCAGCUGUCAUGAUCAAAGUUCCCAUCCAGGCAACCGCACUCGCAGGUGUCAGCAUGCUUUUUUCUUUUCUUUUUUUUUAAAAGCUAUAUCAGGUCACACCAUAUGGUGAAUUGCUUUGUUCCCAUUGCUAGGAAAUGUUUACUUCAAAUAACUUCAGUUAGUAUAAUGAUAAUGAGCUCUUAAGCAUUGUAUUGUAUUCCAGUAUUGAUUGUCCAUGGUGUACCUUUGAUCACAAUGAUUGGACAGCCACUUUAAACAGAUUCAACUUAAACUCAAAGCUCCAACAAACAAUUGUUUUGUCCUCAAAGAACUCUGUAUGGCACAAGAGUCUGACUGAGCACGAGUGCAACUGUGGUUAAUCAAUAUCCGCCCUUUUACUGCACUGGUGCCAAAGCCACAUGAGUAAUGAUUCACUCAGGAAGCUUGUUCACCUGCUCUGUGCCUGGUUUCCUUGUGGGAGCCGUUGACAGAGAUCAUCUGCAGGUGUGUCUCACCCCUGUCUCUUUUGUGAUUCAAGAGGAAAUCAUCACUUUGGAAAACACCAACAAAGCCCCUUGUUUAUGGUUGACAACAUUUUUUAAACGUGCGUGCUGUGUGCUGUUAUCAUGACUUUGACGGAUUGGAAUGUGGUUCACCCACACAGACUCCUCCGCACGUCCCACACACGUUCGAAGCCGGUUGUUUACAACCCACCCACGCCGCUCCCACGCCACAAUCUCAGCCUCAGACUGGCAAAGAAAAUCGACGCUGGACUUCUCCGUUAGCACCGUCCGGAGAGAGAGAAAGAGACAGACAGGGCUGGUAAAAACUUAAUAUAGAUUUGGUUUAAAUGGUCAAUUGGUCCACAGAUGUGGCUGCUCACCAGGAUUUGUCCCAAUAUGUCCGAUGCUCAGAGAAGAUGGAACAUGUUAUGCGAUGUGCCGUUUUGUAAAUGCUACAGAAAAUCUCACACUAAAAAGAUGAGAGAAGCAGGCUAUGCCUGGUUCAUUUUAUGAGCAAUCACCCUUUGUCAUGUAACCUAUGCAAUGGCAUCAUAAACUGGCUCGAUUUGUGCUUUUUGCAUUGCUUUUAUUCAUCUAAUGUAACAAUAAUAUAUAGGCUAUAGCUUAGCGCUCAGUAGCUAAAUUGUUGUUAUUAUUUAUGCGCUUGUAUCCAAGCAGUGUAUUGUACUGGUUGCCCGGUGAUUUGGAUUUGUUUUUUGUUCACAUGGCGUCAUUGGAGUCCACACCCCUUCCAACCCAACAGUCGUUUACUGAGCGUUAAGGUCGUUUGCCCACGUCCCACAUUUAGUCUUUUCCUUACUAGUCUUAUUAUUGUUUCGCGAAUCUUGACGGAUAAACUGCAACAUAGCCACAUUUGGGGGGGACGUGUGUUCUACAGUCUCUUUUUGCUCAAUCUUGACUGAGCCACAGAAGUAGAGUGCCGUGUAACCUAGGCAACUGUAUGUGAUUUGCCACCUUAAAUCAGAUGCUGACCGCGCAAGAAAUCUAUUCUCCGCCUACUAUGAAGAGAGCUUAGUUAAGAGUAGUCUCACCUACGGCUUUGCGAUUAGUGUGCGUCAUAGACCCUGACGCUCGCGUCAAGUUGAAAUAUUUUGACUGAUUUGGAGCCUUCCCGGUGACAGAGAGCAGUUGCGCCUGAGUGUUACCGAAGCACUGAAAAAGACACAGUGAGAAACCAGCCCUGCACACAUUUGUGGAUAUACUGAUACAUUUGGAUACAUUUCGUUAACAGUUUUACUUAUAUGCCUAAACUGGCUGGACCUGGGGAAAAAUCAGAAACUUUGCCGCGAGGCUUUGAGGUUUUCGCAACAAUUAUUGGCUAUCGAAUGGACCAGCAUCCAAGCGCCCGGAGCUGCAGCAGCCGCGGAGCUCCAUCUUGCGAGGCCGUCCCUAGUGAGCCCUCCAUGAAUUUGUACAUCCAUUCUACUACCGGCACUCGCUUCGAGCUCUCCCUUCCACUGGAGGAGACGGUUGAGGGGUUGAAGAGAAGACUGUCCCAAAGACUUAAAGUUCCUAAAGAAAGACUCGCACUGCUGCACAAAGAAACGCGCCUGAGUACAGGAAAACUCCAAGACCUGGGCAUCACUGAUGGGAGCAAGUUAACACUUGUCCCUACAGUUGAAGCAGGCUUAAUGUCUCAAGCAUCCAGACCCGAGCAGUCAGUUAUGCAAGCUUUGGAGAGUUUAACAGAAACUCAGGUCAGUGACUUCCUGUCUGGCCGCUCUCCCCUGACCCUGGCCCUGCGCGUGGGCGACCACAUGAUGUUUGUCCAGCUGCAGCUGGCGGCGCAGCACUCCGCCGGGCAGCAGUUGCAGCACCGCCACCUGAUCUCCCGCAACGGGCCCGACGCCACCGCGGGACCGUCACUGGGGGCAUCAGGGACUAGCAGCAGCAGCAGCAACAGCAGCAGCAGCGGAAUCCCCCGGACCUCUCACCACCCCCACCCUCAUCCACAUCCCCAUGCCCACCCCCAUGCCCAUGCCCACUCUCCCCUCCUCCACUCUCACCCAGCGCCCCCAAGCCCGCCGGCCUUCACCCCCUCCACGUCCAUGCAGUCGCCGGUGGCCUCCAUGUACCCCCACACCCACCCGGCCUCCACGGGCCACUGUAGUCCACAGGCCCAGGCCCGCUCCUCUCCGCUGCCCCCCAGCCUCCUGCGCUCCCACCAGGCUGCCACUGCCUGCUCCAGCACCCCCAGCCCGACCCCCAGUACAACCCUCCCCAGCCCUGCAGCCCCCUGCCCAGAGGCCAACUGCACAGCUAAGAGCCCCAGCCCCAGCAGCAGCAGCCCCAGCCCGAGCAGCAGCUCUACACCCUCAUCACGCUCACGGAAGCCUGGGGCCAUCAUCGAAAGUUUCGUCAACCAUGCUCCCGGGGUUUUUUCUGGGACUUUUUCAGGCACUUUGCAUCCUAACUGUCAGGACAGCACUGGACGUCCCCGGCGGGACAUCGGCACAAUCCUGCAGAUCCUGAACGACCUCCUCAGCGCCACACGGCACUACCAGGGGAUGCCCCCCUCCCUCACCCAGCUACGCUACCAGACCCAGUGUGGGCCCAGCUCUCCGUCGCCCUCACCCCCGCCCUCGCCCCCGGCUGCCACCCUCGCCCCGGGCCUCUCCACUACCUCGGUGCCCAGCAGCACCCGGGCGAGCCUCCACCCUCUGGUGCAGUGCCAGAGCCAGGUCCGCAUGUGCAAGUCUACCGGCGAGCGGAUCCGUCAGACGGAGAACCGGGCGACGCGCUGCAAGGUGGAGCGCCUGCAGCUGCUCAUGCAGCAGAAGCGUCUGCGCCGGAAGGCCCGGCGUGACUCGCGCGCACCCUACCACUGGCUUCCCAACCGCAAGGCGGGCCGGAGCAACAGCAACAGCAGCAUGUCCAGCGAGGGCUCCAUGGACCUGGACUUCGAGGACUCGGUGUGGAAGCCCGACGUCAAGGCGGACAUGAAGCCGGAGUACGUCAUGGCAUAAAAGCAGGAGGAAGAGCAGGACUAAGGAUACGGAUGGGAUGUUUGUUUUGAGAGGAUGUGGACUCGAUCGGCAUGGAAACGAGAAGGAGGAGAAUGAGGAAGCCUUUUUUUCCUCACCUCUCCUUGUGUCUAAAGACUUGUUGGGCACUCAGAAGAAUGUUUUGCUUUUGUUGACUUUUGUGGGGACAGAAAAAUCAAAACAAGACAAAUGUUUUGGACAAAGACAGGACACUUGCGUUCCUGCCGUCCUAAGAGGAGGAGGAAGAAGAAGAAAACUGAGCAUAGCGGACUUGGUGUAUUUUCUUUUUUGUUUGUUGGUUGGUUUGUUUUUCUAGCUUUCCACGGAGAACUCUGGAUUGAGACUCACACUGCUAAACUGGACUGUCAGUGUGCUGAACAGACUAAGAGACAGGCUCUCAGUCCUGCUGUCAUACACCCUUCAGAAUGGGCAUUUACAGUCUCCAGUUCACCAACCAGAGUCGUGUUAUUUCUUAAAGGGUUUUCUUUUUGUUUUUCAGUUUCAGAACGUAUUUUUUCUAAGGAAAUAUGUAGCAUUGUUCACAAAGCAUUCAGGUUUUCAUACAGGUGAAAGGUAUUUUAUUUGCACAUAUCUAUGAUUUCGUCUCAGUGGCUGGUUGGAAGUGUGAAUGAGUGGAAGUAGCCUUCUUUGGCCACGACUUGAGAUGACAACAAGAACAGACAGAAGGAAAUGCAUGUUUUCCAUCUAAAAAUCUCAAAAGGAAACCCCAGAGACACAGGUCAUAAAUAAAAACCAUUUAUAAUUAAAAUGAAUAAAGAAAUAAAUGUCAUGCCCGAGGGUUGUAAAAUCAAUGCCUUUGAAUAUAUAUAUACAUAUAUAUAUAAAGAGAGAAAAUCGUCUAUUUUUUUUUCUUCACUUUUUUUAUCUGCUGUUUUCAAAGAAAACAGUUUCCCAAAAUGGCUUGGCUCAAGUCCUGGAAAAAAAUGGAUUACUUCAGUACUGUAAUUUAUGUUUUCUCUAGGUCACUUGUUUAUCCAUUCAUUCAUUCAUUAAUUCAUUAAUUCAAGAGAUCAUGUCCUCAAGUAUGUCCUCUUGUUUCUCACUGUAAAGUCACAACCUCUGUAAACCAUGGUAGUAGUUUAAUCAGCUGAGUAGAGUGGGUGGAUGUGGUUUGUGUUUUGUUUGCAUGCAUGUGGGUGUAUGCAUUUUUGUGGAUGACCGAGUAAAUGAACUCAAGUGUGGCCCAAGUUUACUGUAGUUCAUUAUUUAGGCUGGCUCCAAAAUCACACUCUCACUACUCUUUUAUGACCACUUCACUUGGUAAAUGUGGACUGUAACAUUAUGCCACUUUUUUCCCGCAGUCAUCACACGUUCUCGAGGAGACGAUCUCCGAACUACCAAAUAAAACAGUAGUCGGUGCAUUUGUCAAGGGUGUAUUGCAAGCGUAUCCAAGAGCCGUGUGUGGAUUGCAUCCCCAAAGAUGCAGCCAAAUGUACAGUGUUUGCCAAUCCAUGUUUAGGCCUUAUAGACUCACAUGCUCUCAAUAUAAUUGGGAGAAAAAGUACACAACAAGGGACACAAAAUUCCAGUUUCUCCAGCUUCUAUUUCUAGUGCCUCCACCCAUCCAUUCAAGAACAUAUCAAAUUAGGCCUUUCACAGACUAGACAUUACGCUGCUACUUUUGUUGGGGUGGGGUGGGGUGGGGUGGGGUGGGGUGGGGGGUUCGUUGCAUGCAAACGAGUGAAUUAUCUUGGACCUUUUGUAGAAUUUACAGACCUGGAAAAAAUGUGGUGCUGCAGAGAAGAUACACAUGCAUGAAUUUGUGAAGAAAAUGCUGAGCUGCUUUUUUGUAGGGUAGGAUUUUAUCGAUUAGUGAUGCCAUGUGAAUCUGCGUCAUGCUUAUUCCAUCACAAACCAAAUUGGAAAACUGGACUCCUGUGUGUGUUUCUCACUUGCAUCAUUCCUGGAUUGUGACGUGGAGCAGGUGAUAGUUCUUUUGAACAUGGGCAAAGAAGACUUCUUUUCUUGUCAACAAGUUCCACUUGUGAGAUAACGUUCUUCAGCAAGGUGUGCAUGUGGACAAACAGGGAAUAAGAGAAUAUAUUGGACCAGAUUUAUUUUUACGCUGUUACGAAAACUGCAUUCAAAAUGAGAAAAAAAUAAUUUGAUGGAGAAAAAAAAAACGAUACCAAGAUUGCACUCAACAGAGUUUGCAGUGUGAGAUUAGCUGCCCGAAGGUGAACCUCGUCUUUUGUUUAAGUGGCCUUAUCUUUCACUAAAUGAGUCGCAUGGGACCUAUUGGGGGUGGGGUAUGGAAUGGAGGGGACAUGUUUGGGAUGUCCUAUCCUCUCUUUCUCUUUUCUCUCUCUCUCUGUGUUUGUCAAAUAUGUUUUCACAGAGGAUGUGGGCACGUCUUAUUUAUGUUUCUAGGAGGUGGAGUCUAUAUUAUGUCAAGGCUUCUGUGCCUUAAAAGUCUUGCCCUCGCAGUCGAUCAGAAAACAAACAGAGGAAAGGAAAUUCUAAACGUCUGAACAAAGUAUUUCCACCAGGUCGCAUGGAAAUGGUUUCACACAAGGACUUAAAUACUGAUAUUGUGAGAUCUGUGUGUCAGACUCGGAGGCUUGAGGGCUUUCGCAGUUGUGUUCAUGUCUUAUGUUUCUAUACCCCUCAGUCCCACCAACACCAAGCUGAGAAAGCUUCAAAUUGACAAAAAAAAGCGUUAUGGCUGUAGUGCUAUAGCAACAAAGUGCCCUAACUCUGAAUGGAGAAGUCCUCAGAGGACAUGAGACUACAUGCACUUCCCAGCUCCUUGGAUGACAACAAACAAACAAACAAACAACAACAACAAUAACAACAGAAAACAUUUCAACAGACAAUUUCUCCCCAAAAAUUGUAUUUAAUUUUUUAUAUAUGUAUGAAAUAUACUCUGUGUGUGCCUCACGUGUGUGCAAAUGACAAAAAGGUUUAAAAAAAACAAAAAAAAAAACAGAAAAGGUUUGAGGUUUGGGGAGGGGGUGACUCGGGGCAUGGGGGUGUGGGUGGGAGGGGGGGCAUUUACAAAACAGUUUAUUGGUGGAUUUCUGAUCACAUCCUUUGAGUUGCCUGUUCUUUCUUGUAGCCAACGACGAAAAAUAAUAAGAGUCAAAAUACAAAAUACAAUGUUUUAGCUCUAGGCCGGUGUAGCACAUGUGUGAGUGUAUUAAUUUAUAAAAACCAAAAUGGUAACUGUGAAUCCUGUAUUUCUUUGUGCAUUUUUUUCUCCCGUGGGACAAGGUGAGGGCAUUGCAAUAUUGCAAUGUCCGAUUUUUUGUUUUGUUUUGUUUUUGGUGAAAUAUAAUGGAAAUAAUCAAUUAAAAAUGAAAAUUGAAAAUAUCUAAAUAUAUUUUUUUCUUAAGCAAUACAUUUCAGUGUGACUUGUGAUAGGACAUUUUUCUUUUUUAGGUAAUAAAUUUAAAACAAAACA